UUUCAGAAGAAACCAUGGAAAGAACUGACGUUUAUCUGUCAGUGUUAUAUUUCACUGUCAUUUUACAAUAAAAUCAACAUAUAUAGUUUUCGCCAGCCGGUCACAGAUGGAUAAAACAUUUUGGCUUAAUAUCUGGUAAAUUACAACGUUACGUGUGAUUAUUUGGUUGCUGAUUUUGGCUAGCCAGUAGGCUAACAGAAUUUGUGAUUAAUCAACUACUCAUUUAGGUUAUCAGUAAUGCAGUUUAUUUAUUGUACCGGAUUUCUCCUACUCAUAAACUCUAAUGCAGUUCAAACAUUUAGCCAAGCACACCUAUCCAAUCUUAUCAUAUAAAGUCACACAUUUUCAGAUUUAAUUCCCUCGACAUAACACAAAUACUUCACAAAAGGCGUUAGGAUGUACAAGCAGUGGUCAGCAGAUUUAAACCCAGACACGAAGGCGAUGUGGAAACAGCCCGAGUCCACACUGCAGCCCAAUGGAGAAAAAACAAGUCCCAUAAGUGUGAUAUUAGUAAGUUCUGGCAGCCGAGGAAAUAAACUGCUCUUCCGAUACCCGUUCCAGAGAGCAUCUGAAAACACCUCCUCUGCUACAUCAAAACAGCGGAGUCCAUAUGUGUUGAAUAGCUCAGGUGACUCUACGGAGGACCAGGAUGGUGAUUCGAGAGAACAAAGUCCACUAACUGAUGAACAGUUGGUAUCAGGGUUUUCGGAUAUUAUUCUUGCCACCAUCUUGGCCACCAAAUCUGAUAUGUGCGGCAAGAAGUUUGAACUAAAAAUAGACAAUGUGCGCUUCGUUGGACAUCCAACCUUACUGCAGCCUCCUCAUACUAUUCAGGUCUCUAAAACGGACCCCUCCCCUAAAAGAGAGCUGCCCACCAUGAUUCUGUUCAGUGUUGUGUUUGCAUUACGGGCGAAUGCGGAUGCAUCCGUGAUCAGCUGUAUGCACAAUCUGUCCCGGCGGAUCGCCAUCGCUCUGCAGCAUGAGGAGCGCAGGUGUCAGUACCUCACCAGAGAAGCUAAACUGAUGCUGGCGAUGCAGGAUGAGGUCACCACCAUCACUGACUCUGACGGCUCGCCACAGUCACCAUUUCGACAGAUCCUUCCCAAGUGCAAGUUAGCAAGAGACCUGAAAGAGGCCUAUGACAGCCUCUGCACAACUGGAGUUGUUCGGCUUCAUAUUAAUAACUGGCUUGAGGUCAGUUUCUGCUUGCCACACAAAAUCCACAGAGUGGGAGGAAAACACAUCCCACCAGAGGCUCUCGAGCGCAGCCUAAAGGCCAUUCGGCCGUAUCAUGCGCUGCUGCUGCUUGACAAUGAGAAGGUUUUGUUGGCUCAGCUGCCUCUGGACUGCUCUCCUGCUCUGGUUCGCCUCAUCAAGACCUGCUCGGCUGUAAAGAACCUGCAGCAGCUUGCGCAGGAUGCAGAUCUCGCCCUCCUACAGGUCUUCCAGAUAGCAGCACAUUUGGUGUACUGGGGUAAAGCCAUCAUUAUUUACCCUCUCUGUGAGAACAACGUUUAUAUGCUCUCUCCUCAUGCAAACAUCUGCAUCUACUCUCCUCUGGCCGAGCACUUCGCUGUCCAGUUUCCAGGUCACGAUCUGCCCUCAAUGUUGGCCAAAUUCUCACUUCCUGUGUCUCUGUCUGAGUUCAGGAACCCACUGGAUGCCCCUGUGCAUGAGGCUCAUCUCAUUCAGAUGGUGGUGUGGAUGCUCCAGCACAGGCUGCUCUUUCAGCUCCACACAUAUGUGUGUCUGCUGGUGCCGCCCAAUGAGGAGGAGCCUGGACUGCGGGACGAGGAGCUCCCCAUAGUCACACGCGUUACAGGCCGGAGUCUGAGCACACCCAGCGCCCUGAGCUUCGGCUCUCCCACCAGUAGUGAUGACAUGACCCUGACGAGUCCCAGUAUGGAUAAUUCCAGCGCUGAGCUGCAGACCGGAGGAGACUCUCCUCUCAAUAAAAGAAUGACAGAAACUCUUCUGGCCAGCCUGACUGAACACGAGCGGCAGGCCAUCCUCAGAGUCCCAGCAGCCCAGAACCCAGAGGACCUGCGUCUGUUUGCCAGGCUGCUGCAUUACUUCAGAGGCCAUCAUCACCUAGAAGAGAUCAUGUACAAUGAGAACCUGCGCCGCUCGCAGCUAAAGACUUUAUUUGACAAGUUUCGCAGUGUGUUGGUGAUCACCAACCACGAGGACCCCAUCAUCUCUCUGUUCCAGUCUCCACCAGAGUAAACCAACAGUAAAGUGAGUGUGAGGAGGCUGUGAACUGUCUGAUCUUCAUCGGUAGCUUAAACUAAUUUAUGAGCUGUGACAAAAUAAUGAACAUCUCCGCUUCGUAAGAGCGUUAUAAAUGAGCUAUGCAUAAUCUACUGUACAUAACUCUUGUUUACCAAAGAUUUUACCCUUUUAUGAUUUUACCUCAUAUGUGGUUUAUUUUAAUAAACGAUCCAGGGGUCGUGA